AUGUCGAAACGUGACGUCGUCCUCACCAAUGUCACUGUUGUCCAGCUACUGAGGCAGCCAUGCCCGGUCAACAGAGCUCCACCUCCACCUGAGCCCAAAGUUGAGGAGCCACCACCCAAGGUCGAGGAGCCACCGCCACCGCCUCCACCCCGGGUAGAGCCGGUCAAAGAGGUUCCACCUCCCCCUCCACCACCACCCAAAAAGCCACCAAAAGAGCUGACAGUGGGCAUCAAUGGAUUUGGACGUAUUGGUCGCCUGGUUCUGCGAGUCUGCAUGGAGAAGGGUGUUAAGGUGGUGGCAGUGAACGAUCCAUUCAUUGACCCAGAAUACAUGGUAUACAUGUUCAAAUAUGACUCGACGCAUGGGAGAUACAAAGGAAGUGUGGAGCAUAAGAAUGGACGACUAGUUGUGGAUGACCUUGAGAUCCAAGUGUACCAGUGCAAAGAUCCCAAAGACAUUCCUUGGAGUUCUGUAGGGAGUCCCUAUGUGGUGGAGUCUACAGGCGUAUACCUGUCCACAGAGGCAGCUUCGGCACACAUCUCAGCCGGAGCCCAGCGUGUAGUAGUCACUGCGCCCUCCCCCGAUGCGCCCAUGUUGGUCAUGGGUGUGAAUGAGAAGGAGUAUAAUCCUGGCUCUAUGAACAUCGUCAGCAAUGCAUCCUGUACCACCAAUUGCCUGGCCCCCCUCGCAAAGGUUAUUCAUGAACGCUUUGGGAUCGUGGAAGGGCUGAUGACCACAGUGCAUUCCUACACGGCCACUCAGAAGACAGUGGAUGGGCCGUCAAAGAAGGACUGGCGAGGUGGACGCGGUGCUCACCAGAACAUCAUUCCAUCCUCCACUGGGGCUGCCAGUGCCGUAGGCAAAGUCAUCCCAGAGCUCAAAGGGAAGUUAACGGGAAUGGCAUUCCGGGUGCCAACCCCAAAUGUAUCUGUUGUGGACCUGACCUGCCGCCUGGCCCAGCCUACCUCCUACUCGGCUAUCAAGGAAGCUGUGAAAGAGGCAGCCAAGGGGCCCUUGGCUGGCAUCCUUGCUUACACAGAGGACCAGGUGGUCUCCACGGACUUUAUCGGCGAUCCCCAUUCGUCUAUCUUCGAUGCUAAGGCUGGCAUUGCCCUCAAUGACAACUUCGUUAAACUCAUUUCCUGGUACGACAACGAAUAUGGCUACAGUAACCGGGUGGUCGACCUCCUCCGCUACAUGUUUAGCCGAGAGAAGUAA